AUGUGUAUGUUUGUCCAAUAUGGUGAGCAGGGUUGGUGGCACAAGAGUUCUCGGACGGCUAAGGAUCUUCCGACGAUUCCAAUGCCUACAACAUCCCCAGACCCACAUAGCAAGAGACAGAAAGCGCUGGCGGCCUCCAAAGCCAAGCGCAAGCAGCACCUAGAGCAGCACCUUCACCAGGAGUUCGAUCUUAUCAGUCAGGAGCUGCACUGGGAAGAGACCGCCAGUCCACCAGCAGAGUUUCAUAUAGGCGAGGAGGCUCAGAGGUCUGCAGCACCGCGGCAGUACGAAGGCAGAGGCAACCGUCAUCCUCAUUUGCUCUUGGACCGCGACGAGACGUUGAGGGAUACGGCUGCUGAUGCUCAUGGUAUACGGGCUCACUCGGUGGAACGGGCCACUCGUGCAACACAGCGUACCUACUGCGGAGCUGAGAGUACGUGGGGGCCGGGCCCAACGAUACGCGAUCGGCUGGGCUCAGACAAGGUUCUUCCCGAUCAACCGCAUCGUCGGGAUCCUGAGCCUGGGUGGUGGAGCAUACUUACGUCGAUGCUGUCGAAGCUUCAGAUACUGCGACGAGGCAUCUGCAUGUCGGAGGUGAACACCAUGUACGGCAAGUUGGAGGAGUUACAGCAGGUAGGACUGGCGGCAGAGUGCUUCAAGUUGAUUGAUAAAGAGGUGUAG